GUCAAAGCACUUGACACGGCCUAAUACUAGCAGACUCCGAGCCUGAAUGCCACCCGAAGGUAUGGACGACAUUCUGAAGCAAUACACAAGCUUUCCUGGCCCCGAUGAAGCUUCGGAUGAUAAUGCUAUCAGGAACGUUUUAGACCUUCGUAUAGAGAAACUGGAACAGGCCAUCCGAGUCCUCAAGGGACAUCGUCAAUCAUUAGCGCCCAUAUUUCGUCUGCCAGACGAAAUCCUAGCGAAAAUCAUAACCAGCUACCAAGCUCUCUUCGAACCGAUCUCGUCCACUCCCUUUCCCGCGGAAACUGGCCAGGUCGACCCCACGCAGUGCGAAUGGAUCCGUAUCACGUUUGUCUGCCGUCGUCUACGCUACAUCGCUCUGAAUGAAUGUCCUCGUAUUUGGGCGGACAUUUUGAUGCAUCCCCGAUGGGCAUCUAAAUUUCUAGAGCGAUCGAAAGCCGUACCCAUUCACCUCCGAAUAGAAUCCGCUGCUCCACGAACAUUACCAUUGAACGAAGUUCCCUCGCUUGCAUCCAUCAUAGAGCAUCAUGCACAUCGCGCAAAAGACCUUCUUCUACGCGUCGUCUUCUCAGAUACCCUGAAGGAGUUGCUACACAAGCUUCCGCCUUCUGCUCCUCAUCUCGAAUAUCUCUCUAUCCAUCACACACGAACCACCUCUUUCUCACCUCCUUCAGAUAUCCUUUGGGAUACAUCCGCUCCCAACCUCCGCAGGCUGAAGCUGAAGGGCUUCAUGUUCCCAUGGACCGCCUCCAUUUUCCACCCUUCCCUCACUUCCCUGUCCAUCGGAGACAUUCCUGAGGGCCGUUGGCUAGCUCUAAACUCAGCGCAAGUCAUGCUGGACGCGCUAGCAUGCAUGAAUGGCCUCGAAUUCCUGGCCCUCGACGUAACACCUGUUACAAACGGAACACUUUCCUCCCUGAAUAGUCACAUGACCGUCCACCUUACAUCGCUCAAGGCGUUACAUCUAUAUGGACCCGGGGAAGAUUGCGCACGUCUUCUGCGGUUCCUUUCUCUUCCGACGUUGACCGUGUUCAGAGCAGCUUGUCGGUCUGACUCUCUUCGGUCUCUUCUUGAUUGGGUGGCGAACUCGUUUUCUGGAGGCAGACAUCAUCAGUCACCAGGGAUGCGACGACUGCGAUUCAGACGCACCUCGGAUCAUUUUUCGGAGACAUUUCACUUCGAAGGAUGGACUGGGGCACCGGGCGCCACGUUAGACUCGACGAGUCUGACCAUCGACGACGACGACGACGAUAACUCUCAAUUAAAUAUUUCAUUCACUAUCGACAGGCAUAUUAACCCUCCGACUAUAUGUGCGUUCAUGGAAUGCUUGCGUCUAGAUGAUGUCGUACACUUAGAUAUCGCGUUGGCGACGGAAGGCCCACAGCAAUGGAUGAGGCAUGUAGGGCAGAUGAAGCAAUUUGAAGAACUUCACAUCGAGAGCGCCUGGGACCUGGAGUACUUCCUCGACCUCUGGAUCACACUCAAUUCUCCUGUUCCCUUCCAUAUACCUCUCGCUCGAGGCGAAGAGCGACUACGGACCUCUCACUACGCAGAUUCAUUCCCCCGACUCAAUACGUUAGCGCUCCGAAAAUUUGAUGGGCGCUACUUCUCUGGUGGCGCUGCGGGCGAUGGAGAAGGGGAGCUGUUUGGGAAGUUCAUGCAUGCCCUCGUCCAGCGGGCGAGGAUCAGUGGCGAAAAGCUGCGGGAGCUGAGGAUUGUGGAUUCAUUUAUUCUAGAGGGCAUGGUAGACAAGUUUAGGAAUGUAGUGGGAACUGUUCUGUUGGAUCAGGUGGAGAGACAAUGGUGAGGGAAGGAGUACAGGCCGAAAGUUUCAUCCCGGCGUUCCAUGAUGUUGGAUUUGCAUCGUGACUAAUAUUAGAUCAACGCUAUCAUGUCCAUAUCCUCAAUUCCCGCAAGCGCUUUGCUCUUGUUCCUAAAUGUUUUGGUGUCUGUGGCGCUUCGCCCUUCAAUCAUCGUUUCCCCUUCUUCGCUUUCUUUGAUGGUCCAAUGGCCAUGCAUCGUCCUUUACUACCUCACUCAAAUAUUAUCUC